AUGCACCUGGGCAUCGCUCACUCGAUCACGCAACUGAAUUUCAAGUCCUACGAGGUUGUUGUCUGGAUCACUGGUAACUCGAGGUGGGUCCGGAGGGCCAUCAUGGUGCUGUCCGUCGUGAGCUUCCUCGCUUUCUUGACGUUCGUUUUCGUCGGCUACAUCACCACGUUCACGUCGUCGUGGCUGCAGGUUUUGACGGCCUUUUACAUUCCAGUGUACUUGCACAGUGUCUGGAAGACUGGCAGGAGAUCCUCAAGAAUCUGUGGCGCCGAGAGGCCCAGAAGGUUCAGGUCUCCAUAG